UUUCCACGCAUCGAGAUAGGCGAUUCCUUUUCUUGUCAGUAGCAAACCGGCCUUUAUGCUGGAUGCUGUCAGUCGGGUGGUGAGUGCUUUGUUGUUUUCACCUGAAGUAGCAUAAAAGUAGAGUGAAACUUAGUAGCGAAACGAAAUAAUUUUCUUCGCUUUUGUUUGGAUUUUUUGGGAAAUUCUCGGGUUUUGUGAUGAAUUUACAGUAUCCCGUAGCGGAAAUCAGUGUAGUGCUUGAAUGAGCUUGCCGGGAAGGUAAGAUUCUAGCAGAAAACUAAACAGCUCCUGGCAGAGAUUUGGCCUUUAGGGGAGGGUGGUGUACAGAGGGAGAGAGAGAGAGUGAUUCAUAGCCCAAGCUGUGGAUCAUCAAAGUUGGGAUCGGAUCAAGAAACGGACCAGACCGAAGGAAAGGAGCGACCGGAUGGAUGGCCACAUAAACAUCGACCAACCGACGGCGGGCAGUGGGAGCGGUUUGGGUUCCGGUGUGGGCCCCGGGGGAGAUUCGGCCGAUGGUCGUGGCUCUUCGAGGAAGCGCUGGCAAAGGAUGCCUCAGGAAGGUCCCGGGACGCAUCCGUCCUAUGGGACAAAUGACUCCGUCCCCAACGUAACAAUACGAGAUCCGAGCAGUCGAAGUAGUCAAGGCGCAAAUCCUCCGCGGCCGCCAGGAGACGGCCCAUCCGGAUCAGCUGCGGCCGCGCGCCAACGCGAGGAGGAAGAGGAAGGACUCAAGUAUGGUGCUCAGCACGUUAUAAAACUGUUCGUCCCGGUGACGCUUUGCAUGGUCGUCGUGGUGGCCACGAUCAGCUCCAUCAACUUUUACUCCACCAAAGAUGUGUACCUGGUCUACACGCCAUUCCACGAGCUUUCGGACGACACCGGAACGAAGAUCUGGAACGCCCUGGCCAACUCGAUGAUCCUGAUGACUGUGAUCGUAAUCAUGACAAUACUGCUGAUCGUGCUUUACAAGAAACGUUGCUACAAGAUCAUCCACGGCUGGCUGAUCAUGUCCUCGCUGAUGUUGCUGUUCCUGUUCAGCUACCUGUACCUGGAGGAGGUCCUCCGGGCGUACAACAUUCCGUUCGACUACCCGACGGCGCUGCUGCUGAUGUGGAACUUCGGCGUGGUCGGGAUGAUCUCGAUCCACUGGCAGGGACCGCUCCGGCUCCAGCAGGGCUAUCUGAUAUUUAUUGCCGCCCUGAUGGCGCUGGUCUUCAUCAAGUACUUGCCCGAGUGGACCACCUGGGUGGUGCUGGCUGUGAUUUCCAUUUGGGAUUUAAUAGCAGUUCUAACGCCCAAAGGACCCCUCCGGAUCCUGGUGGAGACGGCUCACGAAAGGAACGAGCAGAUCUUCCCGGCGUUGAUCUACUCUUCAACCAUCAUGUACUCGUACAUGGGAACGCACUCGGAUCCAAGUGAGGAGGCGCUAACCCGGGACCGUACCAUCGGAACCGGUGGAGUCAGUGGUGCCGCAGGGGUCGGUCUCGGUGGAUACGGUGCAACGGCCUCGCCGGUGCACGUGACAACAGCCACUGCGGCCGGGGGGACGCAUCCGGCCACUUCGCCGACGAGCAACGCUGAAGGUACGCCACUGGUUACGUAUCGGGUAAAGUCCGGUUCGCGUGGUGCCGAGCAUGAUCAAUCCGGCGGCUUCACGCAAGAGUGGAACAACAGUGCCGAACAGCGGGUGGCCCGACGACAGAUCGAAGUCCAAGCCAACAUCGCUGGCAAUCCGAACCGGCCGGAAUACCGCACGGUGACGGCAGAUCGCGACCCCAGGGCGACCGGUGACUCCCAGCAAGUUCCCCUGUACGAGCAAGCCGAAGAACGUGGCAUCAAGCUCGGACUGGGCGAUUUCAUCUUCUACUCGGUGUUGGUCGGCAAGGCGUCUAGCUAUGGCGACUGGAACACGACGAUCGCCUGCUUCGUGGCCAUUUUGGUGGGUCUCUGCCUGACUCUGCUCCUGUUGGCCAUCUUCCGGAAGGCCCUGCCGGCGCUGCCGAUCUCAAUCUUCUUCGGACUGAUAUUCUGCUUCGUGACCAGCGUCAUCGUGAAACCGUUCACCGAAGCGCUCGCCUCCGAGCAGGUGUUCAUUUAGUUGUCACCGCCCCUUCCGGCAUCGGGGAUCGGAACCUCCCCGGGAAGACCCCGGGUGGUGGCUUCCGAUCCGAUGGGGGUCUGUUUGGUUUUUACUGCUUAUCUUACCGAUAAUAUUCCUGCUUCUGUAACAGCACUACUCUAAUUUCUACUUAAGCGAAACAAAGUGUCCAACCGAGGGAAAACAUGUGACUAUACAGAAAAAAAAGGAACUCUCAUAUUAUUGUAACUGUAGUACCGUAAGCGAAGACAACAUAUUAAUCUAUAGCAAGAACAAACACAUUUCAAUCGAUUUUAAAUCAGCUCCAGUAGAACUGUUUUUUGUACAAUUCAUCGUCAUCAUCAUCAUUCGCGCGCUUCAGGAGGGAAACCCAUUUGAAACAAUAAAAUUCUAAUGAUUGAA